AUGUAUAACCCUACAGACAGCAGAUCCACUCCGCGGAUGGAGCCAGGUUUGGAGACGCCUGUACCGCCACCAUGUCGUCUCUGCAGCGCGGCUGGAGCGGGCUCCCGGUGGACGCUGUUCGUUAAUGAAUGUGAGCUUGAGAUGCGCCUCGUCCCGCCCCUCUGCCGCCAGUCUCCUCCAGCUCCGCUCCAGAUGCGCCGCUGCUUCACGCUGGACGCAGAUGACUGA